GGCUACCGAGGGCGUGCCAGAGCCCUGCGCUGCUGACGGCGGCGCCCGCGAGGAACCAACCGGGACGCUGCCGACAACCCGCGUUUUGGCUUGGUUGCUUCUACUGACGACGGGCAUCGCUGUGCCCAGCAACCAAAGGAAAUUCGAAGCUGCUUCUGGGGCAGCAGGAGUUCACUCCCACGACACUGAGUACUACGAGCACAACGACCCAGAGCUCUACGUGAGCCACGUGAACCUUCUCUUUCUUCUUGAAUUCUCCGAUUACCCGAUUCUCCUGACGAAGAAGACAACGACCCGGGACUACGUGGACACAGCGGUGCCAGGAACUUGGACGUGCUCUGGAAGGAUUCAGAAGGUGUUCUCUGGGCUCCUAGUGAGUUUCGAGACUUACGGCCAGGAGUUCAAGUUCAACUACGAGGACCCCUUGUUCUACCUGAACAGCAUCAUGACGGAGAACAUGAGUUCCGGAGGCAUCCCGUUGCACGAGUUCAGACGGGAAGUUCCUCCAGGAUGGGCGCCGGGGAUACCAGAUUAUCCCCUCAGAACUUACUUCGAGCUGCAGGGCAAAGCUCAACGAUUGGGCAUGCAAUUGAGAUUGCCCAGACCGGACGGGACAAUAGACGUCGCAUCUGACGCGCUCGUCCGUUUAUCGGUCGAGGAAGUGCGAGAUCCUAUGGACCCAGGAACGGUGAUACAGCAAGCGAUCCCCUCCGGAGUUCAAGCCUUAUGCAAUGCUCUUCGUGAUGCCUUUGGCCUGAGCGACCAGGAACUGGUGAGCAAGGCCAUAGAGGAGUUCUUCGAGUUCAAGAGAGGCAAGCUGAGCCUUGCGGAGUACAGCAUAGAGUGGGACGCCAGGCUUGAGGAGGCAACGACGAGAGCAGGCUUGGAGCUGAACGAGGUCGGCAAGUUCUACGUUUUCUUCAGAGGAGGCGAGGGGCCUCGCGCUGAGAGGCUCAUCACCCGGAAGGACGAGCAUGGAGAAGCCUACUACCAGGACGACUUUGAAAGCCCAGACCGCGACGAAGAAUGGAGUGAUGCAUACUGGGCAGAUGAUGGAUGGUCUUGGGUCGAGAGCCAAGACUACUGGCUGGACGAUUCCGAGGGCUACUACGACUAUGACCUUGAGUCCUGGUACGAAGCCGAUGAGGGCUGGUUGGAAACGGACUACGACGUGAACUACGACGACCACCCGGAUUACCACAACGAGGCGGCCGAGCAGCACGGUGAGAACCCUGAUGGAACGACCUCGCCGAAAGCCUCUGAAAGCUUUCCCAUGAAAGGAAAGGGUUACGGCUGCUCGGUGUGCGGAUCCCGCUGGCACAAUGCAUCGUCGUGCCCGGUCGGAGGCGCAAAAGGCAAGAGCGGCUCGAAGGGGCCGUCGAAAGGCUACGGCAAGGGCUACGGCGACGGUGGAUACGGCAAGGGCAAGAAGGGCUACUCCAAGUCCAAGGGCAAAGGGAAAGGCAAGUGGCAGCCUCGCAAAGGCAAAGGCAAGUCCAAGGGCUACCACGGCUACGCAGAGAAAACUCUCACUCAGAGUUUCAAUGUUGGCAAGACAUCUUGGACCCCGGAGAAGCCCGCCAAGACCGUGCACUUCUGCAUGGACCACGACGAUCACAACCCGGUGAUCUCGCUUAAGAACAGGAACGAGGAGCCGGCAUCAGAGAGAGCUACAAGCAGCCAGGAACCAGUGGCUCCAGUUCCCAAGAAGCUCGACUUCACCUUCGCCACUUUCACCACGGAGGUCUACAACCACACGGCCUCCUUCCAUACGGUGCGCGGCGAGAAAAGACGAGGGCUACUGGUGGAUCCGGGUGCUGCGUCAGGUCUGAUAGGAAGUGAAACGCUCAGAGACCUACUCGAGCACUGCGUGUGUUAUGAUGCUGGAGAAGUUCGAUGGUGCCACGAGAAGACAAACAACGUCAGUGGCAUCUCUGGCACUCCAGAAGAGACGCUUGGAGAAGUGCAUUUGCCAUUGCACUUGGGCGACUCCCCAGGACUCUUCUCAGCAGACGUCUUGGGAGGUGAAGGAGAGACCAAUGCGCUGGAUGACAAGGCAGACUCGCUCGAAUCCGAAGACUACCACAUCGACUACCUCUGGCGUUUUUAUGAAGUUGGCAUCAUCACAGUCUGGGAAGUUCCGAAACCGCUUCCGUUGAUCGACAGCUGGUCCGUUGAGGAAGGACACUUGGUGCGACACCACUCGGUGCCGAGACGCAUUCUGUUCACACCUCAGUGUGCCGCAGACUUUCCAGUGGCACCGGAGUACUUACUCCAAGAGCGCACCACGUACAUGCAGAUGAUCCCCAGGAAGUGCGGCGAGACAGUACUAUCAGACGACUGGAGGAAGUCUCAAAAUCCAAACCGAGACAUGGAGCGGCUGUGGACAGGACGGACCGUGUUCAAGAUGAAGAAGAAGAAGGUCAUCAAGGACGAGCCAGAAGUGACCAAGGCACACACAACAAAGCUGAAUCCACAAGACUUUCCAAGCUACAGUGGAGACAUGUUUCCGGACCACUGGUCGGAGGAACGGUGCCAAUCGAUGCAGGAGAAGUACAGGGCCAUCCCGGAGGAGUUCUACACGAAAACCGGCAGAAGCCCGUCACGCAGUGGCCGGUUGAGCCUGAUGCUCUUGACAGCGUCGAUGAUGAUAGGAUUCCCCGUGGACUACCGCUACGGCUGGGAUCUUGCUCUACCACAACAUCACGAAUUACUUCGUCACUGCUAUCAGGAGUUUCAGCCAGCUCACAUCUUUGGAGCACCAACAUGCACUCCUUGGACGAAUGCCUCCAGCUCAAAGAAUCCUGAACUGCGACAAGGCGAGCGACGCGGAGAGCUGCCCACCUUGGAGUUCCUCUACGAGAUCAUGCUGCGCCAGCACAACUCUAAGCGGGGUUUCAGCUUGGAGCAGCCUUAUGGAUCCGACAUGCUGGUGGACAGACCCCUUGCUCGACUACGUGAAGUUGAAGGAGUUCGAGUUUGGAGGACAGAUCAGUGCAUGCUUGGAGCUCGUGACGAGAAGAACCAGCCAGUGCGGAAAUCAACAGCCAUCCUCAGCAAUCGCCGAUGGAAACAAGUUGUCAAAAGAUGUGACAACCAUCGUGGAGUACCGCACGGCAUUCUUCAGGGACAAGUUCGCGGGGUCAAUCGUACGGCGAAGGCAGCAGUGUAUCCCAAGCGGUUUUGUCAGUUGUACGGACAGGAUCUGUGGGCCACACUGCGGAAGGACAACGCUAUGGGUUGUAAACCUUGGCCGGCCGAGCUGCUAUGGACCCACUCGCUCUACUACUCCUGUGAGAAAUGUCAAAGAGGUCGUGCAGCACCACCAGUGGGCCAAUGUCGCUACGGUCAACCUGGCAUGCGACGCGCUCGCCAACAGGGUGAUGCCCCUGCAACUGCCGCAGGACCCACGACUUCUGUUCCGGCGACACCUGCGGAACCUCCAGAGGCACCACCGUCAGCUACAACACCUACGACCACUCCAGCGCCUAGGACGACCGACUUGGAAUCAGUCACGGGCCCUUUCAAGUUUUUGGCCCGCAACGGCGAUUAUUCUCGAGUUUCUCUGGAGUGUGAUCGCAGUGUUCCGUUGGACAGCGAGCAGCGUCUCUUCUUGAAGGCGGCGCUACUGCAGCCGACUGGCAUUUCCAUUUGUUUGGAGUCCGGCCUGGCGACACCGGGGCCGAUCUGGUGGGACAUCAACCGGAUGAUGGUGAACCCAGGUGGCAAUGAAGUAGCAGAGGAUGAAGAGCCAGAGCCACCACUUGAUGAAGGAGAAGAAUUUGAAGCGGUUCAGCAGGAAACCGACGACGGCGACAAGACCAUCAAGCCCCUCUUCGACUUCAAGAGAGUGUUUAAGAGGCUACAGAGCGGCCUGAUAGAGACGGACCCUGCAACAGCACGACGGCUCCUUCUUGGCCUUCAUGAGCGGUUCUAUCAUGCUCCCAUCGGCGACUUCAAGAGCAUGCUGUUGCGAGCCGGCUUGACAUCGGAUGUACUACCCCUAGCGGAGGAAGCUGUGAUGUCAUGUGCCAUCUGCCGCAAGUAUGUUCGGUUGCCCAAUCGUCUACAAGUACAGAUUGGAGCUGGAGCAGGGAUCUUCAACCACAGAGUUCAGAUUGACCUCUUCCAGUACAAGGAGGUCUGGAUCCUGCUCAUCAUUGAUGAGGCCACACGGUACAAGGCGGCAACCUCGGUGAUGUCGAAGGACUUCCAGGAGGUCACGAGGAAGAUGAUGGAAUGCUGGAUAGCCGUUUUCGGCCCUCCGUUUCAGCUGAUCAGCGACCAGGAGCAAAGCGUCAUGUCGCAUGAGGCCGGUCGUGAACUUGAACGACUUCAGAUAGAACGAGUUCCUAAGGGAACAACUGCUGGCCAAGCGGGCAAGCAGCACACCGGAACCGGUCUGGUGGAGCGACACAUAUGUCUUCUGGAGCUGACCAUGAAGAAGGUCGAGGCGGAAUUGGACAGACAAGGCAUAGCAAUUCAGCCCCACGAGUUGGCAAGGGAGUGCGCCAUGUCACACAACAUGAGCCUCAACUACGGUGGGGCAACUCCCUCCAUGGCAGUCUUUGGCGUGUUGCCGAGGCCCUUCUACCAGGAGGACGGCAACAGCAUCAUGGCUCUGUCGGGCGCUUUGCAAACCGAUGUGACUCCUUUCGAGCGAGCCUUGAGGAUUCGUCAGACAGCUCUCUCUAUGGUGCAGGCUGCUGUGGCUGAGGACAGAGUGGCUCGAGCAAACCGCUCAAGACCGCAUCAGCUCAAACUCGACGAGUUGAUUCCCGGCACCACUCUGGUGGACUACUAUCGCGAAGUUCAAGGAGAUGUCGGAUGGCGUGGACCGGCAGAGCUCCUCAAGUUGAACAGAGCGGAAGGCAACGCCAUCCUCAGCUACCAAGGACGGCCGUAUUUGGUGUCACUGCGUCACAUUCGCCCGCACCAAGCUGGCGUUUUCGUCACCAUGUCAGGAGUUCAAGAGCAAGACCUGGUGUACCUCCGGACCUUGGUCAACCAGCUCUCCCCGUACAAGGUGGUUACUGUUGGUUGGGUCAUGGACAAGAAGGAUGAUCUGGUGAUGUGGAGGAAGGCUUCGACGUCAUCGCUGGCAUUUGCGGAGACAUGGAGACGCAUUGUCUCAGUGGCAAGUUCCUUGUCCAGGCGGAGUGUUGGCGGCGCAAUGUUCGGACAAGGAGUCAAGACUCUGCAUCCUCCGAAGCAGUCCGUAGGAGUUCUGCUGUUCUGGAAGCAAGGAGAGGCACAGAUUCACUGCCACGAGCACAACAACGACAACCCCGUGACUAUGAAGAAGGUCACGGUCAUGACCAUUGACUCAAUGUGCUUCGUGUACGUUUUCUAUUACGCCUUCCUCAGCUACGAACCGGAGAAGACAAGCCGAGUUGUGCCAUCUGAAGGAUAUGAUGAUUCCUCCAUGCCAGAUGCCAGCGGGGUGGAAAACAGCAUGAUCUCCGAUGACUUGACCCCAUCGCGAUCCGGCGUGCCCAUGUCACCGACGUCACCUACUACCACUGUGGACGACACCAUGGACACCAACGAGGGCGACCACAAGAGGAAAGGUCCAGACAGUCGGACGGUGGUCAUUGCUCCUGAAAGCAAACGCAGCCGAUUGGAACAGUUGUUUAGCCAUGUCAGUUCCAACCACGUGUUCACGAGAUCACAGCAUGUGUUGGUGAACUUGUACUGGGUGAUGCACUGGACGCAAGUGAUCCCCCUGGACUACCCGCACAUUUGGCAGUCCUUCGAGAACUCGACCUAUGUGGCUCAAUGGGAUGCCUAUUUGAGCCGGCUGGGCGACUUGUCCAAUGUGGAAAAGCCCAAAGUUUCCCACGACUACCUGUUCGUAUGGCCUGGCAAGCAAGACUGCGAACUUUACGCGGACAUGCAGAACGGACAAGUGUUCAAGGUCGAUGAGAGCACGGACAACAUCGAUGAGGACUCCUGCUACGACAUCUGGGGCCAAGUGGAAGAGGCUGAUGCGUCCGAGGUUAAGCAGUUCGUGGAGACACAGUCCUUUGAACCUCGGCACCGCUCCUUCCUACCAGAUGACAUCGUUGUGGUAGACUCGGUGUGGGUCCGAAAGUGGAAGCGCAUGCCGAAUGGAAGCAGAAAGGUGAAAUCCAGGCUGUGCGCUCGAGGGUGCUUUGACCGUCAAAAGGACUUGCUAAGCACGAGAAGCACGACAGCCACGAGAUUGUCCCAGCGGAUAUUGGUUUCUUCCGCUUCUGUCUAUGAUCAGGAACUGGAAAGCUGGGACAUUAGCGGGGCAUUCCUCAAGGGGCUUUCCUUCGAAAAGGUUCGCGAGCUUCUUCGAGCUCGAGGAAUAAGGACGCCCAUUCGGAAAGUGGCCAUCGUGGCCCCAGCGAACGUCUGGCGCCAUCUGGCAUCGUUCGACCCGAAGUUUCGCAUCGACUUCACUCGGGUGAACGAGUAUGUGCUUUUGUGCAUCAAGCCAGUCUACGGCAUCUCGGAUGCUCCACUGGCUUGGCAGCUGUGCCUGCGCUCUCACUUCGAGGAGCAAAAGGGAGUUCCCUCGCUCACGGACGAGAACUACUUUUACUGGAGAGACUCCAAGGACCAGUGCAGUGCAGGCGUGACUACGCACGUGGACGACUGCGGUGCGGCUGGCAAGCGGAAAUGGCUGGACGAGCAGUACGAGCUCCUCGUCAAGAAGUUCGGCAAGGUCACUCGACAGAAGCUGCCCUUCGUCCACUGCGGAGUGCUAUAUAGCCGUACUCCCAACGGCUAUCUCAUGUCGCAGGACGAUGUCUGCGCGAAGCUCAAGCCGGCCCCGAUUCCUAAGGGCAAGAAGGACGAGGACCUCCUCACCGCGGAGGAAAUCACGAGCUUCUGCAGCAUCCUGGGCGGAUUACUGUGGCUUACGGCCACAAGGCUGGACCUGGUGUCCGAUGUCUGUCUACUCCAGUCACAGGUGACAAAGGCCAAAGUGGUUCACCUGAAGCAGGCCAAUAACGUCGUCAAGCGAGCCCAAGCCGAACAAGGCCAGCAUCUUGGGCUCCACUUCGCAAACUUCGACAGUAUCCUGGUUCUCUUGUGUGAAGACCAACUGGCCAGAACCAGUCGCAACGAGGAAGUCAUUCUCGAAGAUGACCAGACUCACCGUCUGGGAGGCACCGCGCAUAUCCUCUGGGCACACGGUGCCAAGGCCAAGAGGAUAAGCUACUCGACGUCUCAUGCUGAGACUCUGGCGGCAGUGUCUGGAUUGGAAGCAAGUACGCUGGUGUCUGUGCGACUGGCCGAGUUGAUGUAUCUCAAAGGACGCCCCAGCCUGCAGAUGCUGAUCGCCGCACAAGAACACGGCCUACAGCAACUUCCAGUUGACAGCAUGACCGACUGCCGGGAUUUCUUCGAGUUGGCCAGUGGCGACAAGUCGGUUCCUCAGGACAAGAAUCAGCGCUUGUAUGUCUUGGCGUUCAGGGAAGCAAGGAUGCUGGGACGACUUCGAUGGAUGACCCUAUGCCCAACCGAGUCGAUGACGGCCGAUGCACUGACGAAGUCUAUGCUUGCACCGCCGAUGAUGAAGUUGCUUAGCAGCGGCAUAGUUGACUUCUACAACGAGGGUGAGCACAAGCUGACGCUCCGAUCGCUUCCGCGACUUCCAACAGUGGAAGAACGACAUUUCGACAUGAUGGACAAGGAGCUCCUGAAGGAAGUCAGCACUCUGGCAGUGCCUGCUAUGUUGGCGACUACCAGUACGAGAUCUAUGUGGCUGGCGGUUGUGUUCGCUACUUUGGCUACUUCGGCCUCGGCGUCUACCACCAGCUCUACCUCCGGUACCACCACUGCGGCUCCGACGACGUCCUCAUGGGACGAGUGGAAAUGGCUCGUUACGAUGAUCAUUGUCAUCAUUUCCACCGAACGACUACUGUUUCAGUCAUUCAAGUUAUGGUGGCAGCAUCUCUGCAGGCGACGACUCCGCCGCGACCACAACGAGGCCACCGACAUGGACAUCGACGACCCGGUUACGACACCUGUCUACCUGGAUGUGGACAACGCCCACAUUGGCGAUGGAAUGUCAACCGACAGCGUCGAGUUAGCAGAGCUGAGACAGAGUCUCCAGUACUACAAAGACCUCAGCUACGAGCGGUGGCAGCAGCUGGAAAGGUCUCGUGAGCUGUGCGACAAUCGCUUCAAUACGAUUCAGCAGCUCUCACUACAGUUGCAACAGCUGCAGUCCGAGCGUGCCCAUCCGGCACUCAAUGAAGUCUUCACAACAGUCGCGACAGGAAAGACCUACCAUCGUAG